AAAUUUCCCUACAUCUACCGGCCGGCGCGAGCUGCUCGAACUCUACAAGCGUACAGCGACACUCUAUCUCCGGGCAUAGCCAGUACUUACUCCAGCUUCCUAUUCGUCUUUGGUCUCAACUGACCUUCGGCUAUCUCGACUGCACGGAAACACUAAGGGGACCGCCUUCCUAUUGCCUGAUAGCGUUAAAACAAAAGCUGGGGCUAUUGUGGGUGCAGUAGUGUAUACCUUAGGGUCGAGAUCUCGAGUUUUACAGCACGAAACUUAAAUAAAUCUCGUGGCUUCCCACACUUUUUAGGGCCCGUUGUAUCUCCUCUCUUCAAGCACAAGAUGUCUGCUCACAGGCAAAGUUUUGAGGCGCAUGUGGAUGGAAAAGGAGUAGAUUCUGCUCUCUCCCCGGUCGAACGCCUCUCAGAGAAGCCUAAAACGGAUGAGGCCUACAAAGACGCCUCAGUCUCCAAGGAACUUGGAGGAAAUGAAGCCCCUUACGAUGAUGUCGCGCCUGUUUACUCGGACGAGGAAGGCAAAUUGGGAGGUGAAGGUGCGGUAGAAACGAACGAGGACCUUCUCACGCGAGUUAUUCACGUUGAAGAUGACCCGAGCUUGAACCCGUGGACCUUUCGAGUGUUCUUUUUAGGGAUUGGCCUCUCUGUCUUUGGAGCCGUCCUUCAAGAGAUUUUCUACUUCAAACCGCAGACAAUCUACGUCUCUGUAGUCUUUCUGACAGUCAUAUCCUAUAUCCUGGGAGAGUUUAUGGCGCUGGUAAUUCCUCGGAGUGGAACCAUUGGACGUUUCUUCAAUCCAGGUCCUUUCAACAUGAAGGAGCAUGCUUCAAUUACUCUCAUGGCUUCCGCAGCAUCACAGUCCGCUCUGGCUACUGAGGCCCUAGCGGCCCAAGACCUGUUCUAUGGCGGUUAUCCGAGCAAGGCUGCCGGUGUUUUUAUUGUUAUUACCUCACAGUUGAUCGGGUAUGGAAUUGCUGGGUUGCUUCGAGAGGUUCUUGUAUACCCAACUCACAUGCUUUGGCCGAUGAACUUGCCGGUCACUUCGCUCGUUGAGUCCUUGCACAGAGAUCGAGUUGAAACCAAAGCUCGACUGAGGCUCUUCUAUAUUAUUUUUGGGAUCAUGUUUGUGUGGGAAGUUUUCCCCGAGUACAUCUUUACCGUACUCGAAGGAGUAUCUAUAUUCUGUCUGGCUCACCAAGACAGUCUAGUGUUCACUAACCUUUUCGGUGGUGCAUCUGGAAAUGAAGGACUUGGUCUCGGCGCUAUCUCUUUUGAUUGGAAUUACAUUGCUCCCUUCGGUUCCCCCUUAUGGUAUCCACUGUACGCGCUCACCAACAGCUUUAUUGGUUACAUUGCCUGUAUCGUUUUCUUUAUGGGCUUGUACUACUCCAACACUUGGAAUGCCAAGGACUUCCCAUUCAUGGCACAGGCUCUAUUCAACGUUUCCUCAAAUUUCACAAACUACGUAACCUAUGACCAAACUGCGGUCCUCAACGCCAACUUCGAGGUUGACCAGACAUUAUUGGCACAGGUUGGGACACCUUGGCUUACCGCCUCAUACGUAGGAUAUCUCAUCACUUCGAACAUGGGAUUCACAGCGACCUUUGUUCAUAUGCUACUUUGGAACUUCGACGAUAUCAAAGCCGGAUGGUCGUGGGCGUCACCCUCGUAUCUCAAACAGUUCACGAAAGCAUCGUCUUGGAAAUUCUGGGCUAAUCAAGAGAGCCCAGAAGAGCGUAAUGCCAGGAAGCAAAGUGACCCCAAGCUCGACCCGCAUUACAAGCUCAUGUUGAGGAACAUGUAUUAUGAAGUGCCACAUUGGUGGUGGGGAACGAUUGUUGUUGUUUGCUGGGUUGUUGCCCUUGUUUGUCUCUAUAUUAUGAAGUCGACGCUGCCUUGGUGGGGAUUCAUUAUCUCGACGCUUCUAACAACCAUUUUCUUGCUCUUCUUUGGUGCCCAAUACGGCAUCACUGGAUUCCAAUUCAACAUCCAGCCCGUUUGCCAGAUGCUUGCUGGAUAUAUGUUCCCCGGAAAACCGCUCGCCAACCUCUACUUCACUUGCUUCACCUACAAUGCAAUGCAGAUGGGCCAAUUGCUCGCACGUGAUCUCAAGCUAGCUCAAUAUGUUCACUUGUCUCCAAGACACACAUUUACCAUCCAAGUCAUGGGAUGUUUGGUAGGUGCCAUCAUGAAUUACGCUAUGAUGAUAACAAUCGUUGCCAACCAAGCCCCAAUCUUGAAGGGAAUCCUAGGCUCAAACAUCUGGAGUGGACAGAACGUUCAGCAAUUCAACACUCUUGCCGUCGUCUUCAGUAUGGCCAAGGAUCUUGUGUCAGUAGGCAAGAGAUACGAAUGGGUCACGCUUGCAUAUCUCGUCGGCUUUACCAUCCCAUUGCCUUUCUGGCUCAUCAACAGAUAUCGGCCCCAUAUUUUCUGGCGAUACGUCAACUUGUCCAUCAUCUGCUGGUACAUGGGCUAUCUGUUCGUGGGUAUCAACUCAGCAAUUCUCAUGUAUUUCCUGCUGGGUUUUAUUGCGCAGUGGUAUCUCAGAAAGCAUUACCCCGUGUUCUUCGUCAAGUACAAUUACAUUGUGUCUGCGGCCUUGGAUGGCGGAACCCAGGUUAUGGUCUUCAUCUUGACGUUUGCUGUUUUUGGCGGCAGUGGCAAAGCACAUCCCUUCCCAACCUGGGCUGGUAAUCCAGAUACUUCUAUCCACAACCUCGAUUACUGCAUGAAAGAUAUGGCGGACUAUUCUUGAUGAUUCGAUGACGAACUCUCGUACCAAAAGACAACUGCUGUAUGACC